AAGACGCCUUUGCCAAACAAAAUUAAGCAUUUCUAAAGUUCCUUAGGCUCACUACGCUUAGGGGAGGUCCACUACGUCCACCCUUAGGCAACGUACAUAUUAGCACUAAUCCUCUGUUCGAGGCGACCUUCUUCCUCUUCCACGCCCAUCCCACUCUCCUCCCCUUUCUUCGCUGUCACCAAAUCUCAACUCCACAUACUCAUCCAGGAAAAUGCCUCAUACAUGAAUGGUCAACCGUCAUAUCACUUCCCCGUGACAGGGGGUGCAACACAUUGCCAGCUCUAACCAAUGCGGCGAUAUCUGUGACCUAAAUCUUGGUCUGUGAUCUGUUGAGGCCUGAAGGAACCGGAAAAUGAAGCCAUUAGCACUAUAACAAGACCACGUCUCUGCUCACCUCUUAGGCGACCUCGCUGCUGUAAUGGCGACGGCUCCCAUCAAGAACACCGCCACUAACAGCACGCCCGUUACAACCAGGACCGCUGUCACGGUGGGCGUCAUCCUCGCCAUGAUAUUGCUUAUUAUCAUCUCAGCAUGGUGGACAGGUAACAAACGACCGGCUUCCCCUCCAAGUCCUUCGGUCGUGAUAUAUCAAAGAAUGCUCAGGGAACAGUCAGAGAGGGGCAUACCCAGGUCCAUGGUCGAUGCAAUACCACUCGUCAAGUACAGUACCGUGAUUAGGAUUUCGAGGAUGGAAAAUGGAACAGACGAGGAGGCCAGUCUGUCAGUACACACGAGCAGACAUAUUGGUCAGGACUCCACAAGAGAUGAGUGCCCCGUUUGUGUUGAGACUUUCCUCACGAACGAUGAUGUGCGAAUACUGCCCUGCGGACAUAUCUAUCAUCAUCGUUGCGUCGAUCGCUGGCUACUGAGGAUUGCAGGUACCUGUCCUGUAUGCAGAACGAGGGUCGAGGAUACGUUGCCACAUGCGAAGGUCGAGCUGGUCAGGCUGAAGGCAGCGCGCACCACCGAAAGAAGAUUAUGAGCCGAUACCCCGUCGUGACUGCUAGAUAUGAGUAAAAGCAAAUCAGUAUUGCAAACUCCAACUUUUUGGUCUCCCCUACUCGGCGAAGGGCAGUCCCAAGUGCUAUAGU